CCGGUCUGUCGGUGCUUAAACGAGCCGCCAAACCUAACGCGAAACCGGAGCCGUAAAACCUAGAGCGAUCAAGAUGGCGAAACCUUCCGUCUCCCUACAGAACAUUAAGGAUUUUUGGAAUUCCCAAGUCAAUGACGAAGCCAAUUGGGCCGUCAACUCGAAGCUGCUUCGUGCCACCUGUCUGUUUGCUGGAUCUAUAUUCAUAAUGCGCAACUUUGGAAAUCUUAUGGCUGUUUGAGAUAUCAGAAUUGUUGGCUCAUCGGUAUUUUUGGUUCACAUGCUGACCUCAAAUCGUUAGCCGAAUUAUGUUGUCGACUGAACUUUUCCUGGCUUUUGUAUUAACUGGGUAUUUUCUCCAUAGUGGUCUUAUUUGACCAUCAUUGACUUCAAUCAGUGAGUAGUUGUUGUGGUCUUAUUUGUUGAUGAUUUUGCCUUCAGUUAGACUUGCAAGCAAUCAAAUUUCUACAAAUUAGAUAAAUUAACGUGGACAUUUGGCAUAAACACUUUUUGUUUUUCUAACCAGUAUCGAAUAAUGCUCGGCCUUGUGCAAACUCUUGCAGUUUGUAACUCGUUCUUCUACUGAUUCAUGGAGAGAUUAGGCAAAAUGACUUCAUGUUCAUAAAAGGAAAAAAGAUAUAUCUUUUUCUAUGCCCGAGUAUUGUGAUAUAGCUAAUCCUUCCUUACCUUUAAGCUGCUUAUUGGUCGAGAGCAUCAACAAUGCUUCUUAUUAUGCAUCAUCUCCAUGCCAUAGAUUCCAUAUUCCCACCUUGAAUGCUUGAACGUGCAGGACAAACUUCUUUUGACCAACACUUGAAAAGAAGAAGGACUGCAUUCGUCGAGAUACAGGCCAACACCAACCGUGGCAGAUUAUUAGAAGAAAUUAUAUCGUAAUUAUAUUGGGAAUAAAGAACAUUACGAGAUCUCUUCUCUUUGGUUGCUUUGUUUCGAGAUCUACCGAAGGAAAAGCCUAAUGGGCGACGGGGAGAUGAUGAAGACGACCAGCUCUUCUUCUUACGAAUGAUCCGAACUGCUGCAACCUGUUGUGGACUCGGAACCGUUUGUAAUUUCAAUUCGAACCCUGGAUUUGGGUCGUACGGGUCAAACUCUUGAAUUAGUUCAAAAUCAUAAAUUUAUACAGUUCUUUAGUGCUUUAUGAUUCGUGCAGAUGCACUCGACACCCCCUGGCAGUGAUCCGGUUUUCGAUGCGGUUGUUAAGAUGCUUCGAGAUUGGCGCCAAAGUGCAGAUGCGUGUACUUGGUCGAUCAUGUCGGUGCUACUACUGGCUCGACCACUUUGCCCCGCGUUCCAUAUGAAGGAGGGCGGCGAGCAGAGCGCCACGGUCGAGAGAGAUGUCGACGCCCCCUUGGCGAUCCUGCGAAUCCGGAGGAGGAGGAGGAGAAGGAGCCCGAGGGAAGCGAGGAGAUGCAAGCAACACGGAGACGAGAAGAACGAGGCGCCUCACAGAAGCGAGGAGGAGAAGGAGCCGGAGGAGCUGGAACACGGAGAUACCCUCUGCCCGAGAGCAGCGUGGAGAAUUAUGAGCCGGAGGUGCUGGAGUGCGGAGCAAAAGGAGAGCCUUGCAGCACUAGAAACAGACUAUGCAACAGCCAGCUUCAUCAUCCAUUAGAAAAUCAAAAUUAAUUAAGUCAAGUUUCACCGAUCCUUUUUUGUGAUUGCAUAUCAGACAUGUUCGAAAACAAGAAGCAGAAGAAAGGGCCACCGCCGUGUGCAUGGCGUCCACCGACCAUAUUAGUUAGAACAGCAUCAGGUACUUGGUAGUGUUGCGGAGUGCGCAAACCCACGACCGCGCAUUUAGGGGCAGCCAUAGCAAAACAAAAAAGGGUUGCUCGAUUCAACCCAACCAACGGAUUUGUCCCCUAUCUUGAAUCCGUUUUUGCUGAUGAUGCAGUCUGCUUGUACAUGCAUAUCAAUCACACUUUGAUAGAACACACGCUGUGUGAUUCGAAGCCAAAGUUUCAGAUCUAUCAAACUUCCUUUUUUCUUUAUUUCAUUGGAUAACUUGUUGGAAUUGUUGGAUCUGCAAUCGCCUUCCUCAGCUCCAUUUAUAUUACGAGUUCUUCUGAUGCUGAUCUCGAGUCUACUGAACCUCGUUGAUAUGCUUAUCGUAUUCUAAUUAAUAUAACUUGGAGGCAAAUGCAACUUCUUUUUAUCACUUUGAGCUAUAAAUAGUUUAUUGGUUGUGAACUAUUACAUAUUGGUACGAUAAAUUUUGGUUAUCCGAGAGACACAUGGAUGGGGGUGUGGUUUGGAGUCGACCAAUGUCCACUUUUGGAUUUGUCUCUAUUGGGAAGUUAGGCGAUGCAGAUGAAUGCGUUUUCGACAAAAUCUCUCCGAUGCUCAAGCUAAUAAGGAUUGAUUAUAUGUCGAAGUUAAACAAUUGUAUUCAUAUGACUUUGAGAAUGCAAUCGAGGGCCUUUUUAUAGCAUGAUGGAUGGUUAUCCAGUUGAGACUGUGGUAAAUAUUGGGAAUAGUUAUGUAUGUCAUUACUCUAAGGGUUACAAAGUAAUGGUUUAGUGAAUUAUUUUUUUUUAUAAACACUGUAUAGCAUACAUACCUUAUGGUGUCGAGUUGACAUCCUUAUCGGUGUCACAAUAAGUUCAAGUCCCGUCUAAUAUGUUGGUUGAGUGGAAAUAUGAUGCUAAUCAAAUGGAAGCAAUGUUGACGUUAUGAUAGGUCCGAGUCUCGCAUUACGUGUUAGUCAAGUGAAAGCAACAUGUUGAUCAGGGGGAGGCAAUAUCGAUGUCACGAUAGGUCCGAGUCUCAAUAUCAUGAUAGGUUCAAGUCUUGUUUAACGUGUUAGCCGAGUGAAAGCAAGAUGUUGAUCAAGUGGAGGCAAUGUUGAUAUCGUCUAAGUCCCGCCUAAUGUGUUAGUCGAGUGGAAGCAAGAUGCUGAUCAAGUAGAGGCAAUGUUGAUAUCACGAUAGAUUCAAGUCCCGCCUAACAUGUUAGCCGAGUAGAAGCAAGAUGUCAAUCAAAUGGAGGCACUAGUGAUGUCAUAAUAGAUUCAGGUCUCGCCUAACGUGUUAGUCGAGUGGAAGAUGGAUAUUGAUCGAGUGAAGGCAAUGUCGAAAUCAUGAUAGAUCGGAGUCCCACCUAUCGUGUUAGUCGAGUGAAAAAUAGAUGUUGAUCAAGCCGAGGCAACAUUUCGACCAAGUUACUUGAUAAUUAAGCAUUAGGGAUAGCUUUAUGUAUCAUGUUCUUGGAUAUCAUAUUUGUAUCAAACUUCAAAAUAGCAUAAUAGUGCUAAUUUAUGAAGAAGUAUUUGAUUUCAGGUUUAGUUGCCAAGUUUCAACAGCCCAGUGGAAAAAUGAAGACUUAGUGGUAAAUUCGAUGAGAAGGCCCGAUGAUCUUUGUUAUUUUGAGGGUUAUCUAUAUAUGAUCUAUGAUUAUAGAAUUACGGGGGUGCAAGAAAGCUAUGCCGUCAUAUGCUGAGUUAGAAGUUUAGGUCGGGGACAAAAGUACCUGAGAUGGGCAUGACAUGACGAUCCAUCAGAUCAACAUGUAUCAUCACAUCAAGCGAUGCAGCGUUGAGGUGCCCAGGCAUGCAACUCGGCAGAUCCAUGGCCAUGUAAUCGUUAGCUGGAGUGUGUUGAGCACCUGACCGUCUCCUCAUCUGUUCCGGCUAAUCAUGCAGCCUAAGCAAUCACUUGGUGGACGAUUGCAUCCUUUUUCCAGUGGGAGGCUCGAGUUCUUAUGGAUUUGGAUCGGGCCACGUACGUGCAAAUGACAUCAAGCAC